AUGAUGCUGGCCCAUUUCCAAUCUGGACCACUGCCACACCUGGUUGCGCCCACCACGCCCACCAUUAACACCGCCAGCACCACGGAGAUGCCUGGAUAUGGAUACGGCAUGAUUGACCAGCAACAACACCAAAACAUGCACAACUAUCACAACAAUAACACCACCUUCAUUCAGCAACAAUACGUUGCACCCCAACCAGCACCAUGCUCUCGCAAGCGCAAGGCCGAUUCACAACCUGAAAACAACGAGCGUCUCUCCAAGCGUAUGAGCUUGUUGAAUCUCGAACACGGCGGCCAGAAGCUAUACGUUCCCGUUGAGAACCCACAAGCUGCAAAUUCCUUUGAGCCUUCAGUUACUUCUCCGACGUCGUCAUCACCGUCGGCAUCCCAAGUCAACCAACAACAACAUCCUGCCACCACUGCCACCGCUCAAGAUGACGCCGAAUUCAUGCAACUCGAUGACUCCAAGUACAAAGUCUACAUCUACAACCUCGAAGAUGAGCUCUCCUCGGAGAGCGAAGCCGAAAACGACGGGAAGCUGAUCUUCCUCCCGGACAUUGAGAAGCACCUGAAGCAGAACCGCAUCCCCAACCAAGUCCUCAAUGCCCAGCCCUCUCCCGAUCCGGACUAUCUGAACAAGCAGCUGGUGCUCUACCGCGUGCCGGCUUCCAUCACGGUACCCGAGGAGCAGGAUAGCGUGCGCAAGGCCAUUCUGGAGGCACGCACCCGUAUGAGGGAGAAGCAUUUGGCGGAGAGUAGUCAGCAAUUGCAACAGCAGCAGCAGGUCAACAAUGGGUUGACGGAUACUAUGCAGAGUAUCCACCCUGGGUCACUGCCGCAGUUAGGUGGAGUUCAGGAAGAAGAAGAUGAUGCUAUGGAGCUUGACUAG